AUGUCCUAUCCUGACUCCGGUUCCUCUUAUGGUUCCAAUUCUAUGUCCUAUCCUGACUCCAAUUCUAAUUCCUAUCCUAGUGACUCCUAUUAUUCCAAUCCUGAUGCAAAUUCUGAUUCUGGUUCUAACAAUAAUGCCUAUCCUGACCCUACUUCUGGUGACUAUUCUGUUCCUCUGAUGGCUCCAACUCCUUCUGACUAUAAUGCCUAUCCUGACCCCACUUCUGGUGACUAUUCUGGUUACUCCGGUCCUGGUGCAAACUCUGUUCCUCUGAUGGCUCCAACUCCUCCCCUAACUACGGUUCUGACUCCGGUUAUGGCGCCACUUCUGCACCCGGAACUUCUCCUGGUUUCGUUUUUGGCUCUAACAGUGGUUACACUUAUGGCUCUGGAAGUUGUCCCGCAAUAUAUCAUUGAUGGUUUGUGGUAUGUGUUCGCCCAAGAUGAUGCAGUUUUAGAUGAAACUCUGAGAUGUUACUUGAGUCUGUGGUACUCUAACUCCAAUGUACCCCAACCCUAUGCUGUCUUCACUGCUCAGUCAAACCAAUUCAACGAGACCGUAGAAAUCAUCGAGGAAGUAUCCGUAACGGAGACAAACAAAUUGCGUGACGUAUACCAUGUGCCAAUUUUGGGAAGAGUCACCCUAGACCGUGACAUUAUUGGAGGUGACUACACCAGCUACCUGGUCAUAUACGCGUGUGUUGAUGGACCAAAUGGACCAAUGUCAUUCACCCGUGUCCUCACAAGAUCACCUGAGCCAUCAUUUGCUGUCUGGCCCAAGGUUAAAGAAGCAUUCAGCAAUUACAACAUCCCAUACCCAGCAAUGAGCAGACUCGAUAACAAAAACUGUUAA